CAAGAGUUGGUUUUGGAACGCACUGUAGAGUGACAUAUCCACCAGGACGACUGCGAACGAGCAGAAGCAGCGGAAGAGAUGGCGAGGAACGAGGAGAAGGCACAAUCGCUGCUGUCGCGAUGGCUGCGCAUGAAGAAGGAAGAGGCCGAUGAACUCAAGCGAGUCGACCCUUCCCAAGUGUCCACUGUACCAGAAGCAGAGAAGAUGCGCAACCAGGUGAUGCGUGAUGUAUCAAAGAAGAUCGCUUCAAUUCAGAACGCUGGGCUUGGCGAGUACCGGAUAAGGGACCUCAACGACGAGAUCAACAAACUCUUGCGAACAAAGCGAUACUGGGAGAACCGAAUCAAGGAAAUGGGCGGCCCAGAUUACCUGACGAGCAGCGCCAGGAUUGUGGACAGUGAAGGCGUUGAGUUGCCGGGACAGCGUGGAUACAAAUACUUUGGUGCCGCCAAGGACCUCCCUGGUGUGCGUGAGCUCUUUGCAGAACAACCUGCUGUCCAGCCGCGUAGAAAACGAGGCGAACUGCACAAGUUUGUCGACGCAGACUACUACGGUUAUCGCGACGAAGAAGACGGUGUCCUGCUCGCCCUGGAGGAAGAGGCAGAGGAACAAAGUCGGCAGGCUGCCGUGGAGAAGUGGCAGCAGGAGAUGAAGGAGAAGAAGGAGCGAUUGGCCGCUAAGCAGAAGCUCGAGCUGUACGCCAGCGAAGAGGACAAGGAAGCAGCCCUCCUGGCGCCGGCUGUAGCAGCGGAGGUUGCGGCGAUGCACGAGGAGGAGGAGGAGGCCGAGCCCGCCAUCCCGUCAACACAGGAGAUUGAACAAAUGAUCCUCCAGCGAAGAAAGGAGAUGCUGCUUGCCAAGUAUGCAAGCGCGUCGCUACAGGAGGAGGAGCAGCAGACGUCCGCCAUGCUCGGCCGCGCCGCGCAGUAGAUCCCUGAAGCCGAAUGCGUGCCACAGAGGGUUGGGGGUCUGCGUGUCUGUGUGUUUGUGUUUGUGUCUGUGUCUGUGUGUCAAUGCAUCCCCGUGUGUGUGUGUGUGUGUCUGUGUCUGUGUGUCUGUGUGUCUAUCUGUCUACCUGUCUCUCUUUGUCUGUGUGACGGCUGCUGUUGGGAUGUUUACGUGGCUGAAGUUGUGCCGUUAACUUGCUGCUGGUGGUGCUCUCUCUUGCACUUGUUCCUUCUUCGCUGCGUGUGUGCGUAUGUACCAGACGCAUGAUGAGUGUUUGUUUGCCAUUUGUCAAGAGUGAACUGUUUCGAUGGGUGUAGGCGACGGUGCUGGGGAGGGACUCAUGAACAGCAACUAAACAGUGACGCAAUAGC